UUGAGCGAUGAGGGAGUGUCGCUUGCACUUAUAAUCUUAAGUUAGUUUUAUUUAGUAAAUGUUUAUUUUAUAGCUAUAAAAUAUUAAACAUAAUUUAGAAUGAAUUAAAUAUAAAUAAUAUAUAAAAUUACCUAAUAAUGGUACGAUAAUCGAAUUAGAAAUAUAAGCAUACAUGAAAUAUAUUAAAGUAAAUGAUAAAGCGACUAUAAAUAUACAAUAUUCAGUGAUAUAUAACACUAUAUAACAAAUACAUAGGACGAUACACCAGCUUGGCGACUGCAAGAAUUCUGUAAACGGAAGGGAAGAUGUGUGCCGCGAUCGAUAUGUUGGCAUCGGAGCAAUUAUUCUACGGCCACAGUCCACCGGCUGGUUUCCUAACAGAUUAUACGCCACCAAGAAGACAAACGAAGAUCACAGCUAGAGGAUACUCAGCGCCUUGUUUAUCAGUGCUCAAACCUGUGCAGUUGACUUUGAAAUCAGCACCCAGAUCAUGUAUAAGAAUAUCAACGGAAAAGAAGAAGAAACAUGUUGUUUUUGCUGAUGAUAGAGGAUUCGCGUUAGAACAUGUGAAAUUUAUGACGGAGCCAUCACAUGUACCACCGUAUUGGGCAUUCAAAGUUAUAGCCAGUCCACCAGUUGAAAGAAAAGUUCAACCAGUGGUUGAUCUGUGGGAGACACGAUUUGUACAACCGGCGUCAGAUUAUUUAGAAUUUAGAAGAAGGAUAACAGAAGAUUGUGUUUCAUUAGAAAAUGUUAUUUUAAAACAAAAUGAAUUGGCAGUAGACGGUACUGUUAAGGUUAAGAAUCUCGAUUUCUCCAAAGAAGUAUUCGUGAGAACAACUUCUGAUGGAUGGAGUACUAAUGAAGAUACAUAUUGUGCGUUCAUAGAAUCAGGCCCAUUGUUACAAAAUGGUAUGUCAACGUAUGAUACAUUUGGAUUUAGAUUGCAACUUCCAAUACAUUCAAGAAGAUUGGAUUUCUGUGUCGGAUUUCGUUGUCAAGGUAGAGAAUUUUGGGACAAUAAUAAUGGAAAGAAUUAUACAAUUGAGAAAUCAUCGACGAGAAGUGUUCCAGCUGUGUCAUGUGCUAGAAUUAAUUAUGGAAAUUCUUGGCCAGUCAGAUCAGACUAUACUGGCAAUACUCCUUAUUGGUGAAAGUGAUUUUAAAACAAAAUGGUUCUUUUUUCUGGUUCUAUCAAUCCUUAUGGGAUCUGUGAUGCUUGUGCCAUAGUGUCAGAAGAUAGAGGUAUAUUCUUUUUAAGCUUAUCGAUAUUUUUUUCUUUGAAUCAAGUGCUAGUGUUGCGCGAUUGUCGAUAUAUUUUUAAGGAGACAUUAUUUUUAAGUGAGACGCGAUCUGUUGGUAUCGUGGACUAAGCUAAUUCAGGCAUAGACAAUAUUAUUUAUUUUAUUAUAUAUCAAAUAUACCAAUACAGACCGCAACACUUUCACUUAGGGUAAAUUAAGGCGGUUAUUUAUGUAAACUUGCAUGAAGUCUGGCUAUUGAAAAACACACACUCAGUGAAGAAACUCAGUCAUUAACGUCACUUAGAGAUAUACUAAAUAUAAAGGUCUCCCUUAGUGACUAAUUAUUUACUAGUGUGGCGAUUAAACUAUUAUUUAUUUAAAUAUAUGGCUGAUAUGUUUUAAGAUUAGACUUCUUUUGAUAGAAAAUACUAGUUUUUGUCGUGAUAAAAUCAAGCUUUUUAUCGAAAAGUUUCUUUAAAUUUUAUCUCUGUAUCGAUAAAGUUUAGUAUUUGUUUUCAACAACACUAAUGACAUAGCAAACAUAUUUUGAUUAUUCAUAAAUCUUUGGAUUAAUUAAUGAAAAAUAGGCGGGAAAAAUUUGCGAACUUACUAUCAUAGAAAAAAAAAUAUGCUAAAUAUUAAAGUAAAAGAUAUUUAUCCAUAGUCGUCAGACAUUUUUGGUAGCUUAAAAAUAUUUCCUAAAUGAAAUUAACUAAUACUUUUACUAUAUGAAUAGAUAAAUUGUCGAAAAGGUUAAGUACUCCUUUAAAAUGAAUUAAAAGAGGUUUGUCAACCUUUGUACAUGAAUGUAUAAUUUAUUAAAAUGCUUGGCAAUCGUUUUUAAAUAUAAAAUAACUGGAAAUCAGUAUGGGUCUAAGUUCAAGGCGAUAUUAUCGAUCUAAAAUUAGAUUUUUAAUAGUUUAACAUCUCGUAAUUUUCAGAACAAGGCUCUCGCACGAAAUUUCGUCAACGAGUAAUUAAAAAAACUGAAAAACCUAUUCGCUAUUUCAGACUAUUGUUCUCAUCCAGAUCCAUUAACCGGUAAUAGAAACAGAGUUCUGUCAGGAUUCAAACCCUGAAUCUGCAGACAAGUCAAAUGCUUAAACCCUGAGCCACAACGCUCUCUAACCAAUCGUAUGAUGUUAUUUUAUUUUUAUUCAUAGAGUUGAAUAAACUAGCGCCCUUACCUUAUCUUAGGUCGUAAGAACUGAAGUUUCAUUGAUCAGCAGCCAUCUUUAUUGAGGUCACUUAUAUUAAUUGUUUGAGGCACACAAGACAUCUUUUCUUUAAUGUCUAUAUAACCUCUGAAAUAGGUUACAAAAGGUUAGCUUAUUACUUACUAAUAUUAUGUGAUGAAUGGAUGGAUGUUUACUAGCAGGUAACUCUAAAACGGAUAAAGGCGGUACGAAUAUACUUCGACUUCGUAAAAUCAUCUUUAAAAUAUGUUAAGAUUUUGGUGUACUUUGUAAUUGUCGAUGAAUACGAAAUGUUAUCACGAAUCUUCUUGCUAAGAUCUUUUAUCAUUAUCAUCAGCUCACUAUACAUCCCCACCGAGGGGCUCGAAGCCAACCCUAAGUUA